AUGGCACGAAACUCUUCACCCUUGCCAAUCCGGCACUCAAACGCUUUACCACGCACCCCGUCGCUCGCUCACAACACAAUCACCAUUGACGACGACGACCUAGCUGAUACCAUUCCCUGCUCCCCGUCCGCUUUUCUACGAGAUCCACAGACAACACAGCCGACCCAAGUCCUCCAAAAACCUACACUUGCACCUAUGAGAUCCUCAUCACCUGCAAGCAGCAUAAUUGAAGUUCCUGCGUCCUCACCUUUCCAACAGGCCAAGAAGUCUACACCGCUAGGCAACCGACUCGCCCCUGCUGGCACAGUCUUCCGUCCACCACAGCGGACUUUUCCCUCCAUGAACAAUAAGCGUCCGGCUCAAGAGCCUAUCAGCCUCAUUUCAGACGACGAGGACGACCUCACACCUCCCCGCGGUGAUAUCCGACCGACAACGUUUAAGGCACAGGUCGCGGCAUUCGCGUACAGACCCGAGCCCAAACCGUCCGCGAGGCACGAUGUUACAACAAAACUCCGACAGAUAUUCGAUGUUUUUGGGGACAGUGUUCCAUCACACAAAGCAAAGGAGGCUUUAGAUGCGUGUGAAUAUGAUCUCGACAACACAAUCAGUUUUCUUGAGCGCCGGGCAUCUCAGCCCAGACCAGCUUCAAAGCCUAAGACUGGUAGGCGCCUGAUCAGCAAGGGAGCUUUGCAAACAUCAGCAACAAACAGCCGGGAUACUUCACGUUCUGUAUCUCACACAGCAUCCCCUAGCCCCGAGAAGCUGCCUCCUCGACGACGAUUGGUGCAAGGACUUCGAAAGCAGUCUGUUCCAUCUUCACCACCGUUCCCAUCUUCGCCUGCUGCGGCACCUGCGCACGCGUCGAGCGACGAUCCAUUGGUCAUUGAUCUUGUCGACGAUGACAAGGAAGAAGCCUACCAGGCCGAGGCGUCACCAGAUCUUUCUGACGACGAAGACGAUAGGGUGCUGACUUCUCUCAACACUUGCACUAUCCAAGAAUUGGCGGCCAUGACGGGUAUGAAGGAGGAUCAGCUUGAGUGCAUAAUCGCGAAGCGGCCCUUCAACGAUAUUUCAUCAGCCAGGCGUGUCACUGUCGGCAAGAAACCUGGCGCAAGGAAAGCCUCCAAGGUCAGCAUUGGAGAGAACGUGGUUGAGGCUGUGGAAGUUUUCCACAACGCAGUUGAAGCAAUCGACAACGUUGUUGCAAAGUGCGAGCGUGAUGCCAAGGCUAUCAAGCAGCAAGUUGACACCUGGGACAUUGACACUUUUGGUCAUGAUAAGCUGCAAGGCCAACGACAGGACUCUGAGGACCUCCCUCCCACUCCUACAAGCAUCAGCGCGCCCAAAUACGUGCGCCCACCUAUCGCUAAACAGCCCAGGUACAUGGAUGGACACUGCAAAAUGAAGCCGUUUCAGCUCGUCGGUCUCAACUGGAUGUCCUUGCUCUACAACUUCAACAUUGGCUGUAUUCUAGCCGAUGAGAUGGGUUUGGGCAAAACUUGCCAGGUCAUCUCGCUCAUCAGUCAUCUUGUUGAAGAUUAUGAAGAUUAUGAAGAGAGUAGAGAGAGAGGUAGCGACAAGAGAAGACGGCCAUGGCCCAACCUCGUUGUCGUUCCGCCCAGUACGUACAACAACUGGCUUGUCGAGUUCGAAAAAUUUGCCCCCGAUCUAUCGGUCAUCGGAUAUCGAGGUUCUCAGGCCCAGCGAGCUGAGAUCGCAGAGGAGAUUGCAGAUCAGUCUGGGGCAUACCAUGUCGUUCUUGCAACAUACUCUCAGAUCAACAACGAAACAGAUAUCGAGUCUAUGCAGUCCUUUGGACUUAAUGCUGCCAUCUUCGACGAAGGUCACAAGAUGAAAAAUCCCCAGACCAAGAUCUACAGAGAUCUUCGCCGCAUUCCGGCGUCGUGGAAGAUGCUCCUUACAGGAACUCCUGUGCAGAACAACUUGUUGGAGAUGACUUCACUUCUGAAUUUUAUUAAUCCCGAAAUAUUCAAGGGCUGUAUGGAACAUAUACAGUACAUCUUCAGUCAAAAGGUCACCAUUCGAGAUGUUUCCAAUGGUGCUUUCCUGUAUAGCGAGCGUGUCAAGCGAGCUCGUACUAUUCUGGAGCCGUUUAUUCUCCAGCGUCGUAAGGACCAGGUCCUAUCCGACAUGCCUCCCAAGAUCUGCACUGUCGUUCGUUGCGACCUGGAUGAGAAGCAGAAGCAAGUGUACGCCGAGUACGAAGAGACAUUCAAGAUGGAGCCUUCGAAGCGUGUAACCAAGGCUCGUGGUCGCGGAAACGAUCAGAACAAUUGUUGGAUGCAGUUGCGCAAGGCAGCUUUACAUCCACUCCUCUUCCGACGUCACUUUGACGACAAGAAGGUUGAAAAAAUGGCCAAAAUCCUCAUGGAUAGUGUCUCGCAGGAUGACCUACGUCAACCAGACAUCAAGCAUCUGAUUCAGGAGCUCAAGGAUUCCUCAGACUUUGGUCUCCAUCUCUGGUGCCGCGACUACCCAGGGCUCCUCGGGAAAUUCGACAUUCCCCCGGAGACAGAAAUGGACAGUGGCAAGGUUAAGAAGCUACUGGAACUGAUCAACCAAUACCAAGAGAACGGUGAUCGAGUUUUGGUUUUCAGCAAAUUCUCUCGUGUCAUUGAGCUGCUGCAAGAGGUUCUUGCUCAACAAAGCAUCCAGCAUCGAGUCCUGAUGGGUAGCACCAGUGUGGAAGAACGACAGACGCUGAUCGAUGAGUUCAAUGAUGACCCUGAGAUUCCCGUCUUCCUGCUCACUACUGGAGCAGGCGGCACCGGUAUCAAUCUCACGGCUGCCAACAAGGUCAUCAUCUUUGAUCAGUCGGACAAUCCUCAGGACGACAUCCAAGCAGAGAACCGCGCCCAUCGUCUCGGCCAGAAACGAGAUGUUGAAAUCAUUCGACUCAUCUCCACUAAUACUAUCGAGGAGCUCAUCUACAAGGCAUGUCAGAAGAAGAUCGAGCUCGCGAACAAGGUCACAGGAGCUGUCGAGGAUGAAGAUCCCGCCGUGGCAGAGCAAACACUUGAGACAGAGGUCCGCAAGAUGCUCAUGGAGGAGCAGAUGACACCUCCUUAG